CCUUCCGAACCUUACCUAAUAGUCGACGUACAUUAACGCCCCGCGAUUCGCCGCCGUGCUUCCUCUGCCUACAUCCACCUUUCCACCUUCGCACCUAAACCAUCAAUUUCAUCCAACCCUCCAUCAAACGCCAGCCUCCAGUAGAUCAUUACUCCUUUCUCUUUCAUUUGUGUAUCAAGUCAGACAUCACACAACUACAUAUCAUCUCGUAAUCUGUCCUCUCACCAAAAGUCUACGCAUUACCCGCCAAACCGCGAAAGCAGCCGAAAAAGAUGGCCGCCAACACCAAAUACCAGCCUGCGCCGACGCAGGACCCCGACGCGGGCACCUGGUCGCAAGCGCCUCCAUCCUACCAAGCCGAGCCCUCGAACAACACGCCGCUCUUCGAAGCCGCGCCGCGCAGCAGCGACGACAACAUCCCCGACGACUUCAAAUUCGGCGGGUCGGUCGCCGAAGCGACCGUCGAGAUCCGGAACCAGUUCAUCCGCAAGGUGUACACGAUCCUGACGGCGCAGCUGGUCGCCACCGCCGCCGUCAGCGGCCUCAGCUUCUGGAGCGCCUCCUACAAGACGUGGAUCCAGGCGCACCCGGGCCUCGUCUGGGCCUCGCUCGCGGGGUCCAUCGUCUUCAUGCUGCUGACCUACUGGAAGCGCAAGUCGUACCCGACGAACCUGCUCUUCCUCUCCGUCUUCACGCUCAUGGAAGCGUACAGCGUCAGCGUCAUCGUCUCGCUCUACGACACGGCCAUCGUGCUCAACGCCGCCAUCCUCACGGGCGGCAUCUUCGUCUUCCUGACCCUGUUCGCCUGCCAGACCAAGUACGACUUCACCUCCUGGAUGCCGUACCUCUUCGGCGCGCUCUGGGGGCUCCUGCUCUUCGGCUUCAUGGCCGCGUUCCUGCCCUACAGCAGCACGGGAGAGCUGAUCUACGGCGGCCUCGCCGCCCUCGUCUUCUCCGGCUACAUCCUCGUCGACACCCAGCUCGUCAUGCGCAAGCACCACGUCGAAGAGGAGAUCGCCGCCGCCAUCAGCCUGUACCUCGACAUCCUCAACCUGUUCCUCGCCAUCCUGCGCAUCCUAAACAGCCAAAAUAACAACUAAGCUAUUUUAAGAUAGACGGGGGGUUGGCAGGCAUACAAACAAAGACCAGGCAGAUUUUAGGGCUAGGCGAAGGAGAAAAUGAGACUUCGACUACGGACUGCGGACUACGGGUUAUCUUCGACGGGAGAAUAGGUAGUUCUUUUGAUGGAAAUUGACGUUCCGGUUUGUCUUCGCUAGACCUCCCUAUCGUUUGUGUAUCUCCUUUGAAGUAAUUGUAUAGGUUAUGGGAACGGCGUUGUAGGAAUGAACCUGAGCUUGAAAUCUGAAUGGUUGCUCGCAAGAGUUAUUGAGGUCCUGUUGGCUAGCAUAGUUAAUUUAGCUUAAUGCUUUGAAUUAUGAGCACGUCUUUGUUGCUUUA